GUCUGUGAAUGUCGGGAGCAUGGACCGGCUACAUACGUAUGCGUACAUGACACAAGAUCACCAUGAUUACAAAUUAACGCUGGCACAUUUGCACUCAUAUGCUGUGCUCCUAGGCCAAUAUAGUCCUUCCCCUCCCAACGAGCCUUCUCGAUCUUCGCGACACGACCUUAUAACAAAAGCCAACAAUGUGUGCUUGCCUCGCAGUACUUUUACCAGCGGCUGCUGCCCUUGUUUUAUCUCAUCCAAAUCCUGAUCCGACCCAGUCUGUCUUGAAGGUGUCGGGUUCAUCAUACAAUAUCUUCGGGGUGUCGAGUUCAACAUACAAUAAAUGGGGCAGUUUCGUUCUCUGGGAGUGCAGCCCAACCUGUGAUCUUUUCCGAACUGGAUAUGAUGCUGCACGUACUAUGGCUGGCGCAUCAUGCUGCACCCAGUCCUUUCAAACAAGCUACUACAACUGCGUGUCAUGCGCUGGCGUUGUAAUUGAUGGUACAGAUUACACAAAGGCACAAGCUGAUAUGGAUGACUUCUACGUCUCUUGCUACGAUCGCGGCUAUCCACUUCAAAAGCUUACUUUGCCUGGUCAAGACCCGUCCCGCACUCCCUCAACCUAUUCCCGUGUUGGCACUUCCAGCAUUCAUGGUACCUUACCGUCCGGGUGGUUAACUAUGUCAGAGUGGUCACCUCCGUCCGAGCCGACAACUACAUCCAUGUCUUCACUUCCGUCCAUCACGGUGACCUUGUCGGGGACCUUUGAAUUCCCCCCAUGCACUUACACGCCUCAGGAUUCAGGCUGGCGACGUCUAUCUCUGCCCAAGUUAUGUAACUUCUUCCACAUCCACGCCCACAACUUUAAGUACUGCAUCAGGACUAAGUGCAGGAGGAAGCGGAGCUUGGUCUUUGGUUUCUGGUGUUAUAGGAUUAGGAUUGAUCGUGUUUUAGAGAAGCGGAACAGAACAUUGACUGGGAACGCUGCUGUAUCAUUUUUCUUACUGGAUUGGUGCUCGCAAAUGUCUUUCCAUCUAGUGGACCUGUACAGGUGCUGUACAAUGUACAAAGUAUGCGAACUUCUUCUAUUCACAGAUUCUACCGAUAUAACACGCCUGACUAAAUGAGAGCAUGUCCAAAAUCCCUGUGGUACGCAACCGGCACGACUAUAUCCAAGA